GUUUCUUUGGGAUUUGUCUUAAUUCUAAAUACUAAUCCUCGAAAGUUAAACUAAAGUGGAAAAUAAUUUACCAAAAAGGAAGACAUGAUUAUGAAAUAUUAGAAGCUCAAAAUAGAAAAAGAAAAAUCCGAAAUCAAAUGCAAACAAACUCAAAACCAUCCAAGAACAGUGUUUAGUUUUAUGCCCAUGACUUCACAGCCUGUAAUGUAAGAGGCUUUCAAAAUCCAUCCUAAGCCAACAGUGGCAGAUGAUUCCAAGCAACCCAUGUGGAAUUCUUCCCCUUUAUUUCCCGCUGUUCUCCUAUUCGUUGCUCUGCUGCAACUCUAGUUUUCAGGCACUUUUUAUGAGAAAAUUCUGCCAAAGUUUUGUUGGAUUUUAGUUUACAAUCAUGUGGGAGUCUGAGAGUGAAUCUGUUGUUGGUCGAGAUUAUGGUAAUGGAGUUCUUAGCUCAAGCAAGCAUGGCGUCAAGACCGAUGGGUUUGAGCUCAGGGGCCAGUCAUGGUAUGUUGCAACUGAUAUUCCAAGUGAUCUUUUAGUUCAGAUUGGAGUUGUAUAUUUCCACUUGCAUAAGUAUCCUCUGCUUUCUCGGUGUGGAAAAAUGAACAGAUUAAUAUAUGAAUCACGCGACCCAGACCUGAGUAAAAUAGCAUUAGAUGAUCUUCCAGGAGGAGCUGAAGCAUUUGAGCUUGUAGCAAAGUUCUGCUAUGGAAUUGCUGUUGAUCUAACAGCAGCCAAUAUCUCUGGCCUUAGAUGUGCAGCAGAGUAUCUAGAAAUGACAGAGGACUUAGAAGAAGGUAAUCUCAUAUUCAAAACUGAAGCUUUUCUUAGUUAUGUGGUGUUAUCAUCAUGGAGGGAUUCUAUAUUAGUGUUGAAAAGCUGUGAGAAGCUCUCACCAUGGGCGGAGAAUCUCCAGAUUGUAAGAAGAUGCAGUGAAUCCAUUGCCUGGAAAGCUUGUGCAAAUCCGAAAGGGAUCAGAUGGGCAUACACUGGAAAACCACCUAUGAUUGAUUCAAGCCCAAGUAGAAAUCAGUUGGUUCCUCCUGAUUGGUGGUUUGAGGAUGUGUCAAUCCUUAGAAUUGAUCACUUUGUUAGAGUUAUUACAGCAAUUAAGGUAAAGGGUAUGAGGUUUGAUUUGAUUGGAGCUUCGAUAAUGCAUUAUGCAGCCAAAUGGCUACCUGGUUUGAUCAAAGACAGUGCAGGCUCUGCUGAUGAUGGCAGCAAUAGCAGCAACAGCAGCAGCAGCAGUUGGAAAGGUGGGCUCCAUAUGAUUGUUGCAGGAACUAAAGAUGAUCCAUCAUCAGUUCAUGCAAAAGAUCAACGUAUGAUCAUUGAGAGCCUCAUCAGCAUAAUUCCACCGCAGAAGGAUAGUGUCUCCUGCAGCUUCCUUCUUCACCUUCUGAGAAUGGCAAACAUGUUGAAAGUGGCUCCUGCAUUGGUUACUGAAUUAGAGAAACGUGUGGGGAUGCAAUUUGAACAGGCAACAUUGCCUGAUCUUCUAAUUCCUUCUUACAAUAAGAGUGAAACUUUGUUUGAUGUGGACCUAGUUCAGAGACUUCUGGAGCAUUUUCUGGUUCAAGAACAGACAGAAACUUCAAGUCCAAGUAGACAAUCUCUUUCUGACCAAAGGGGUACUAAUCCAAAUGCCAAAAUGAGAGUUGCUAGGCUUGUUGACAGUUAUCUCACAGAGGUUUCCAGAGACAGAAACCUUUCAUUAACCAAGUUUCAGGUACUUGCAGAAGCUUUGCCUGAAUCUGCAAGAACAUGCGACGAUGGGCUUUAUCGAGCAAUUGAUUCUUAUCUUAAGGCUCAUCCAUCACUGACUGAACAUGAAAGAAAGCGUCUAUGUCGUGUGAUGGACUGUCAAAAACUCUCCAUUGAUGCCUGUAUGCAUGCUGCUCAAAACGAGAGGCUGCCACUUAGAGUUGUGGUGCAAGUUCUCUUUUCUGAACAGGUGAAAAUAAGCAACGCAAUAGCCAAUGGCUCCAUGAAAGAAGCUGGUGAAGCUCAGUACCAACUCAUGAUACCCAAUAGAAAAACACUGCUUGAAGCCACACCACAAUCAUUUCAAGAAGGAUGGAAUGCUGCUAAGAAGGACAUCAACACGCUUAAGUUUGAACUUGAAACUGUGAAGACGAAAUACCUUGAGCUCCAAAACGACAUGGAGAAUCUGCAGAGACAGUUUGAUAAGAUGAUUAAUAAGAAACAGACAUCAGCGUGGAGUAGUGGAUGGAAGAAGUUGAGCAAAUUCACCAAGAUAACAACAAUAGAAAACCAUGAUAUUGGAAACCAUUCUCAAGUUCCAGCAGCCACCAUAGAUCAAAAUAGAAAGACCCCAAGAAGGUGGAGGAAUUCAAUUUCCUGAGAAAAAAAAAAAAUUGCAAAAGAGAUGCCUUUACGUUUCCAUUGUUAUUGAUCUCUCAUUUUUCUUUUUUGUUUCUUUGUUUCUAUUCUUUUUUAUUUCACCUUUAUUAUACAUUCUUUAGCAAUCACCCCAAAAGACAAGCAGAAGGAAAAUUUGUUCACUGGUCGUGUAAUCUGUUAGUCUGUCACUCUGCUAUUUUUAAGUGUACUUGUUCUCAAGGGAUGAAGAAGAUGCUUCUACUUGUCGUAUCCUUUGGUGAAAUACAAAGCAGCACUGCGUUUUACUCUUUCCUUUACCUCAUGUGAUUGAUCAGAAUCACAAAAACAACAAAAGAAGAUGCUGUCAGGAAUAAUUCUUACAUCUGGUAAACUGUACAGAGUACAUCUGUUGCAGUUCUGAAGACAUUGAACUGAGAUUAUUUAAGCUGUUAUUCAUCUAAACAACAAACAACCAGAAAAAUUUUACAGCCAAGUAAGACUAUGGCCCAUAUGACUCAAUAUCAAGCAUUUAACUACCUGAGUGUAAGACAAAUUUUCUUUAUCAAUGCACUUGCAGAAGAUAAAAAAGAUAUGCAUGCCCAGCAAUGGUACUCUCAGGUGUAGUAAAAUUUUUUAAAAUAAGGUUUUUCGAGAAGGGGAAGGUUUGGAAAUUUUUUAAACAUCUGAAGUUUUGAUACUUUCUCUUUGAUUAUCUUACUUUAUAAAACCUCCAUUUGUUCUAUCCAAACAUGCUAUUUGAUUCAGUAAAGCACACUUUAUUUGUAUUACAGUUUGCUAAGUCCAAUCAUUUUUUCUUUUCAAAA